AAGAAAAGCUUAUUUAAGUUGUUGAAAUCCCUACUUAAACCAUUGCUAUUGGCAAUUUUGUCCACCAUUGCUUAUCGAGCAUUUUAUAGGUCGUUUUGUAUCUCCCAGUCGAUGAACUCGGACGUUACUAUAGUCGGUGCAGGCUUAACAGGCCUAACAGCCGCCCUUCACUUGGCCGACGGUGGCCGGCACGUGACAAUAAUCGAAAAGGCCCUUCGUCCCGGUGGUAACUCCAUCAAGGCGUCUUCUGGAAUCAAUGGAGUGCCCACCAUGUUUCAGCCCGUCAAAGGAGAUAGCGUGAAUCUUUUUAUCCAAGACACUUUGAAAUCCGGGAAGAACUUGUGCAAUACUCAGUUGGUGGAGAUAUUGGCCAAGGAGUCCAGCGACGCCAUCUACUGGCUUAUUGAUCAGGGAAUCAAUCUUCUGACCGUGUCACAACUAGGAGGCCAUUCGAUGCCUCGAACCCACCGGGGUAACUCUAAGGUGGCUCCUGGGUACGCCAUCAUUCUGAAGCUUUUGGAACACGUUCAGAACAGCCCCAACAUUGAUAUCCAAGUUGAGUCCCAGUUGAAGCGGAUUAUCAUGAAAAACCAAAAAGUUGCAGCCAUUGAGUAUACCCAUGAUGGAACCACCCAUACUCUAACAACCUCGGAUUUAAUUCUCGCAAGCGGGGGUUACGCGGCUGAUACAGAGAUGGAUGAAUCAUUGGUUCGAAAGUAUAGGCCUGAUUUGGUGGAUUUGCCUACUACCAAUGCCGAUUCUGUUAGAGGUGAUGGCCAGAAAAUUGCCGUAAGAGAUUGCCAGGUGCAGCUUCUUGAUAUGACCGAAAUCCAAAUCAACCCCACCGGGUUUGUGGACUUUGCAAAUGUGGAUCUUAGAAAUAAGAUUUUGUGUGGUGAGCUUUUGAGAGGAAUUGGGGGAAUCUUGGUGUCACCCAUCACCUCCAAACGAUUUGUAGACGAAUUGCAAACCAGAGACAUUGUUUCUGAUGCAGUUUUCAAGAACUGCAAAAUUCCCGAAGGUGACUUCACAAAGGCCCAGAAGUACGUGUCGAUCAUCAUCAUUGACCCGGAAGACUACCACAAGGCCCAGUCUCACAUUAACUUUUAUGUUUCCAAGAAUUUGUUGUACUUUGGCACCCUUGAGGAAUUGACCCAAAAGGUUCACACUUUUAGCACCACUUUUGACGAAGAUGAGUUGAUUCAAACUUUGAAACUGUACAAUAAAGGGGUUGGUAGUGAAGGUCAAGAUGAGUUUGGAAGAAAGGUUUUUGGAGAACCUUUCUUGUCACUGAAGUUUUACUAUGGUUUCACAACCCCAUCUCUCCACUUUUCAAUGGGAGGAAUUGCAAUAAAUGAAAACGGUCAGGCGUUAAACCAGGCAAACUCGAUCAUUACUAACUUGUACGCUGUGGGAGAAAUCGCUGCUGGAGUUCACGGUAAGAACAGAUUAGGAGGCAAUUCUCUCCUUGAGUGUACGGUGUUUGGAAAGCGGGCUGCGAUGAACAUCUUAAGUGACGAAUAAUAAAGUAAAUCAUGAAAUGAGCUACUAAAACUAACGGUAAUUAUACAGAUUAAAGAAAUGAAUGUCUGGUCUACUCGGUCAACGAUGGAGAACUAUCAUCCAUCUCAUGAAGCUUGAUAGACAAAGCACGAAGGUUUUGGUCGUUCAACUUAUUGGAAGUUGGGGUCGAUGUUCCUGUUCCGGCUCCUGUUGACACAGGAGCUCCCGUAUUGGAUUUUUUCCUAUCACGUCUCUCUCUUCUAUCUCUGUUCAAGAGCUUUUCCUUGUCGAGUAUGCUUUCAUCUUGAUUAUUCCCGGUGACGAAACUCAUCAAGUUGUUUCUUCUUCUUACUCCUUCUCGGAUCCAGAACUCACUGCGGUACAACUCCCAUCCCUCUCUUAUAUCGGUAUUGAAUACUCUAGCAUUUAGCACAAGUUUCACAUCCGCUAUUCCCACCCGGGGCUGGCAUUGCAGUUGGCAUGAGACAAAGAAAACUUCUAUUUUGGAAUCCUUGUUGUGCUUGAGCGAAGGAUCAAACUUAUGAAUCAAAUUUAAUAUCGUCAUUAUCACAAACAACAGAAACUCUCGUAUCAAGUCCGAAAGUAAAUCAAUCAAGGGUGUCUUGAUCUUCACCAAUCUGACAUUAAGC